UUCUAUAUCGGUCCUUAAUUUUGUUUCUUCUGCAGUGAGUUGAGACAACGAAGCAGAGACAUGGCAUCAAUUCGGAUGAUAGAUAUUGCUGUCAACUUCACAGAUGGCAUGUUUAAGGGAAUUUACAAUGGCAAACAAUCUCACCUUGCUGAUAUUCCAACCGUUUUGAACAGAGCUUGGGCUGCUGGUGUUCACCGAAUCAUCGUAACUGGUGGAUCCCUUCAGGAAUCAAGGGAAGCUCUUGCCAUUGCUGAAACAGAUGGAAGACUUUUCUGUACUGUUGGUGUGCAUCCAACGCGUUGCAAGGAAUUUGAGGAGAGUGGGGAUCCAGAAAAGCAUUUUCAGGAUCUUUUGUCAUUGGCUAAAGAGGGAAUUCAGAAAGGAAAGGUGGUUGCAGUUGGAGAAUGUGGAUUAGACUAUGACCGGCUUCAUUUUUGCCCGGCAGAGAUUCAAAAGAAGUACUUCGAGAAGCAGUUUGAAUUGGCAUACAUCACAAAAUUGCCUAUGUUUUUGCACAUGCGAGCAGCAGCUGCAGAUUUCUGUGAAAUAGUUGAGAAAAAUAAGGACAGGUUCUCUGGUGGUGUCACCCAUUCAUUUACUGAUAGUAUGGAUGAUUGCAAUAAGCUUCUCUCAUUUGAUAAAAUGUACAUUGGCAUAAACGGGUGCUCUCUGAAGACAACUGAGAACCUUGAUGUUGUCAAGGGUAUUCCUGUUGAGAGAAUGAUGAUAGAGACAGAUUCACCAUACUGUGAAAUUAAGAAUACUCAUGCCGGAAUUGGUUUUGUUAAAUCAAAAUGGCCUUCAAAGAAGAAAGAGAAGUAUGACCAAGAGUGCAUCGUCAAAGGCCGCAACGAACCUUGUUCAGUUAGGCAAGUUCUUGAGGUGGUUGCUGGCUGUAAAGGCAUCAAUGACAUAGAUAACCUCAGUAGAACAUUGUACCACAACACUUGCAGGAACACAUAAGAAGAGGGUACGGCUUUGGUUCAACGGCCCAAAGUUAGCAACCAGGUCCAGUAGUAAUCUCUCAAUUAGUGUUAUAUAAUAUUCCUCCUGUCUUUCUUUUAUAUUAUUUUAAUUGCUUAUGCUUUUGUCUGUCCACAAUGCAGGUCCUUGUCAAAAAUUUUAUAGAGCUACAUGAAAAGUAUAUGGAAACAGUUAAUAAUGUCUUUAUGAAUGACAGAAGGUUCCAAAUGGUAUGUUGGCAAUUGAGUUAUUAAGCUAUCCCUUUUGAAUAGCAUACUAAAUAAAAAUAAAAUAGUUUAUAAGUUGCUCACUCCCUACGGCCCAAUUGGUAAUUCAAAAUAAUGGGCCCAGAAUUGAUGGGUUUGUAGUUGCUGAAUCCAUAAGAUAAUGACUUGGUCAUAGUUUGAAACUGGAAAAUUUCUUAUGAUUUUAUCACCUCAAAUUAAAAGUAUUUUUAGGAAAUGUCUUGUCUGAACCAAUCAAUAUUUUCAGGCAGUUGCAGCUCCAUUCAAGGAAUUCUGCAACCAAACUUAUGCUGGCAGUUCCAUUGCAGAAAUAUUGUGCUCAUUCUUUGAUAAUAUCCUUAAAAAGGGUGGGGGUGAGAAUAUGAGUGAUGAAGCCAUUGAAGAAACACUUGAUAAGGUAACUUUUGACCCUUUAUGUGUAUUUCUUCAGAUUUUUCCAUCAGUAUUGUGUUGCCGAAGUCGUGUAAUUUUUAUAGGCAGUCAACAUGCUUGCUUAUAUCAAUGACAAAAACAUGGUUCAAUUUGGACAAUUGUACAGGUCAGAUUUUAAACUAAUAUUUCUUACAUGGUGUAGUUUUGAUAUUAUUUUGUGCUGAAGAAUUUUAUAUUUACAGUCAACAACUUGUCCAAAGAUUGCUUUUUGACACAAGUUCGAAUAUAGAUCGGGAGGAGUUUACUAUAAAAAAGUUGAAUCUGCAUUAUUCCGAGUUGACAUUUAAGAUGGCGGGAAUGGUUUGUUAACCUAUUUUUGAGUCC